ACGGAUAGGGAAUCCGAACGUUACAGCCCCAUACUUCAAAUUUUCCUGGAAAACAGCCGAGAAAAAAGUAGUGGAGAAGACGAACAAUUCCCUCCCCCCCCCCCCCCCCCCCCGGCGCAAGAUCGAAGGAGGAUGAGAGAAGAAAACCAUCCAGAAAUGGAAGAAGAGAGGUUGCAGCAACUCAGAUCCAGAGCCGCAGAACUUCUGCUCAGAGAAGAAUGGAAGGAAUCCGUAGAAGCCUAUUCCCAAUUCAUCUCUCUGUGCCAAACCCAGAUGCGAAAUUCUGAUCCAGGCUGCCUCUCCAAGCUCCAGAGAUCCCUCUGUUUAGCCUUCUCCAACCGGGCCGAAGCCCGGUCCCGGCUUCGAGAUUUUGCGGAGGCUCUGAGAGAUUGUGAGGAAGCAUUGAAGAUUGAGAGCACCCAUUUCAAGACCCUGCUUUGCAAGGGCAAGAUCUUGCUCAAUCUCAGCAGGUACAAUUUGGCAUUGGACUGCUUCAAAGCAACUCUUCUUGAUCCUCAGGCUAGUGUAAAUGCUGAGUCCAUUAAUGGGUACCUGGAGAAAUGCAAAAAGCUAGGGUUUUUCUCAAGGACUGGAGCUUUUGAUCUUUCUGACUGGGUUGUCAAUCGCUUUCCCGGAAAGUUGCCGGAGCUGGCCGAGUACAUUGGUGCAGUGGAGGUCAAGAGAUCGGAGAUGGGCGGACGAGGCCUCUUUGCAGCCAAAAGCAUUGAUUGUGGGACUCUGUUGCUGGUGACAAAGGCAAUUGCCACUGAGAGGGGUAUAUUGCCUGCAUCCGUGGGAGAAGGUCUGAGUGAGAAGGCGCAGCUCGUAAUGUGGAGGAAUUUCAUCGACAAAGUUGUCGACUCAGCCACGAAAUGCAACCGGACCCGUCAUCUGAUUUGCAGUCUGUCGACAGGGGAAGACGAGGAUGGCCUCGAGGUGCCAGAUAUAGGUCUGUUUAGGCCAGAAGCAGAGGAGGCUUGGUUUUCGAAUGAGAGGGUUGAUGUGGAGAGAAUACUCAAGAUAUUGGAUGUGAACUCUCUUGUUGAGGAUGCAGUUUCCGGGAAAGUUUUGGGGAAGAACAGUGAUUACCAUGGAGUAGGGCUGUGGGUUCUUGCCUCCUUCAUCAACCAUUCUUGCAGCCCUAACGCCCGGCGCCUGCACAUCGGCGAUUACGUGAUAGUUCAUGCCUCUAGGGAUAUUAAGGCGGGUGAAGAGAUCACGUUUGCCUAUUUCGACGUGCUUUCGUGCCUGAGAGACAGAAGAGAAAAGGCGAAAACGUGGGGUUUUAGCUGCGGUUGCAAGAGGUGCAAGUUUGAGGAGAGCCUAAGUUGCAAGCAGGAAAUGAGAGAGAUUGGGAUGAGUGUUGAAGGGGGGUUAGAGGUGGGUGCCAUUGUUUACAGGUUGGAGGAAGCUAUGAAGAGAUGGGCAGUAAGGGGAAAGGAAAAAGGGUUUUUGAGGGCAAGUUUCUGGGCAGUGUAUUCUCAAGCGUUUCAGUGUGAGAAGUCGAUGCUACGGUGGGGGCGGCGGGUUCCGGUGGCGGAGGUGGUGGUGGAUAGCGUGGCGGAGGUGGUGGGAAGUGAUGAGAGGAUUUUGAGGAUUUUGAUGGCGAGGUUGAAGAGAAGAAUGGGCGGCGGCGGGAUGGUGGAGAUGGAGAGAGCAAUGAAACUAGGGAGGGGAAUCUAUGGGAAGUUGGUGAAGAAACAAGCAUUGAGGUCUCUUAUUGAUAUCUGUAUUCAAGAACAAAAGGUAUAAUCGGAUUGCUAUUUCUAGUUGGAAAUCUUCUUUCAUAAAUGAUAUCAAGUUUCCUCAUUGGUAGUAGAUUCAUGAA